AUGCUACGUGCCAGCAAGUCAGUCGCCCGCAACCUUGUUAGAGGAUAUGCCAAGGAUAUCAAAUUCGGUGCUGAAGGAAGAAAAGCCAUGCUUGUUGGUGUUGAUCUUAUCGCUGAUGCUGUUUCAGUAACUAUGGGACCAAAGGGAAGAAAUGUUAUCAUUGAACAAUCUUGGGGAAGUCCAAAGAUUACCAAAGACGGAGUCACUGUAGCUAAAUCCGUUGACUUGAAAGACAAAUACCAUCAUUUGGGAGCUAAACUUAUUCAGGAUGUAGCCAAUAAGGCUAAUGAAGAGGCUGGAGAUGGUACUACCUGUGCCACUGUUCUUGCCCGUGCCAUCACUCGUGAAGGUUUCGAUAGCAUCAGCAAGGGAGCUAACGCUGUCGAGAUCCGUAGAGGAGUUAUGGCUGCUGUUGAUGUCGUCACCAGUGAAUUGAAAAAUAUGAGCAAGCAAGUCACAACCCCUGAAGAGAUCGCUCAAGUUGCUACUAUCUCCGCCAAUGGAGACAAGGCUAUUGGAAGUCUCAUUUCCGAAGCCAUGAAGAAAGUCGGUAACAAGGGUGUUAUCACCGUUAAGGACGGAAAGACUCUUGUUGAUGAGCUCGAACUUAUCGAAGGAAUGAAGUUCGAUCGCGGAUACAUCUCUCCAUAUUUCAUUAACUCCUCAAAGGGAGCUAAGGUCGAGUAUGAAAAGGCUCUUGUGCUUCUCAGUGAAAAAAAAAUCAGUCAAGUUCAAGAUAUUGUCCCUGCUUUGGAACUCGCCAACAAAAUCAGAAAGCCACUCGUUAUCAUUGCUGAGGAUGUUGAUGGUGAAGCUCUCACCACUCUCGUACUUAACAGAUUGAAGGUCGGCCUCCAAGUUGCUGCUGUUAAGGCUCCAGGUUUCGGUGAUAACCGCAAGAACACUCUGAAAGAUCUCGCUAUCGCUACCGGUGGAUCCGUCUUCGGUGAUGACGCUAACCUAAUCAAGCUUGAGGAUAUUCAAUCUUCCGAUUUCGGAGAGGUUGAUGAGGUUACCAUCACUAAGGAUGAUUGUCUUCUUCUUCGCGGAAAGGGAGAACAAGCUACCAUUGAAAAGAGAAUUGAACAAAUUGCUGAUGAAAUUGAAGAGUCCACCAGCGAAUAUGAGAAGGAGAAGCUCAACGAGAGACUUGCUAAGCUUUCUAGAGGAGUUGCUGUUCUCAAGAUCGGAGGAGCUUCUGAAGUUGAAGUUAACGAGAAGAAAGAUCGUGUCACCGAUGCCUUGUGCGCCACUAGAGCCGCUGUUGAAGAAGGAAUUGUUCCCGGAGGUGGAGUUGCCCUUCUCCGUUCCCUUAAAGCUCUGGAUAGUUUCAAGGCUCCUAAUGAGGAUCAACAAGUUGGAGUCAAUAUCAUCAAGAAGUCUUUAAGACAACCAAUCUCCACCAUUGUUAAGAACGCUGGACUCGAGCCUUCAUCUAUCGUUGAGAAAGUUUUGGCUAACGAAAAUGUUGCUUUCGGAUAUGACGCCAUGAACGACCAAUUUGUUAACAUGUUCGAGGCUGGAAUCAUCGAUCCAACUAAGGUUGUUAGAACUGCCCUUCAAGAUGCUGCUGGAGUUGCAUCUCUCCUUUCCACAACUGAAUGUGUUGUCACUGAAAUCCCUAAGGAAGAACCUGCUGGAGGCCCUGCCAUGGGAGGCAUGGGAGGUAUGGGUGGAAUGGGAGGAAUGGGAGGUGGUAUGUUCUAA